AGAAAGAUAUACACAAGUUUUCACUUAAAGAGUUGGAGUUUAUUCUCGCGAUUUAGAGGAUUUUUUUAAAGCGUUUUAAAUACACUUUCAGUUUCCGCCAGAUCUUGCUCUGUCAUUCACUAUAUCACCUUAUCGUUCAGGUCUUUAUGCUGAGUGACUUCACAUCCUUUUUGUUGUGAGCAUACGGUUAUACGGAUUUAAAUAGCAUGGGGAUCUUUACUCGAAGUGUAGCUAGUAGAAAGCCAAACGAGAGCAUGAAGCUUAUUGUAACAACAUUUGUUGGAGUAGUUUUUGGAUUCUUGAUAGGAUUAGCUUUCCCAGCAUUGUACUUAUCAAAGUUCAAUCUAUCGUCCAGCGUUCUUUCUUCUAUUGAUUUCAAAUACACUGAGUACACAAAGUCAAGCCCCUCAAGCUCAGCUGAUGUGCCACUUCCAGUUGGUAAUGAUAGCAGCUCUACAAAUGUCACAUCAAAUAAGAUUUGGGUCCCAUCAAAUCCUCGAGGUGCUGAAAGACUACCACCAGGAAUAGUUAGACCUGAGUCAGACUUGUUUUUACACAAAUUAUGGGGCAAACCUAGUGAGGACUUGACCAGCAUGCCAAGGUAUCUUGUCACAUUUACAGUUGGCUAUGAUCAACGAAAGAAUAUUGAUGCAGCAGUUAGUAAGUUUUCGGGGAACUUUACUAUCCUUCUCUUUCAUUAUGAUGGUCGAACAACUGAAUGGGAUGAGUUUGAGUGGUCAAAACAGGCAAUACACGUGAGUGUUCAUAGGCAGACUAAGUGGUGGUAUGCCAAGAGGUUUCUGCACCCUGACAUCGUGGUGCCCUAUGACUAUAUAUUUAUCUGGGAUGAGGACUUGGGGGUUGAGCAUUUCAAUGCUGAAGAGUAUAUUAAACUGGUGAGGAAGUAUGGACUGGAGAUUUCACAGCCUGGUCUGGAGCCAAAUAAAGGGUUAACCUGGCAAAUGACAAAGAGGAGAGGUGAUCGUGAAGUUCACAAAGAAACAGAAGAGAAACCCGGAUGGUGCAAUGAUCCACAUGUUCCUCCUUGUGCAGCGUUUGUUGAGAUAAUGGCUCCUGUGUUUUCACGAGAUGCAUGGCGAUGUGUAUGGCAUAUGAUUCAGAAUGACUUAGUCCAUGGUUGGGGUCUUGAUUUUGCCCUCAGAAAAUGUGUAGAGCCCGCCCAUGAGAAGAUAGGCGUCGUAGAUGCCCAGUGGAUUGUUCAUCAAUCCGUCCCCUCUCUCGGGAACCAGGGAGAGUCGCAAGAUGGGAAGGCUCCAUGGAAAGGGGUAAGGGAAAGAUGUAGGAAGGAAUGGAGUAUAUUUCAAAUGCGGUUUUCAGCAGCGGAGAAAGCUUACUUCAAGGCGAUAAAUUCAACAUCUCGCUAGGACUAUUAGCAAGCAAAACUCGAAAACCCUGGCCUGUUCGGCGCAUUAUUCAGACUCAGAGCCACCCCUUACCGUCGCAGCUGGAAUUCCUCGGAUCUGUCACGGUAACUAAGAGAGCUUUAAUAUUAUUUUAGAAUCGUCAUUCUUAAAUUCACAUAAAAUUUGUAGAAUCCAACAUUGUUUUCUGUUAACCAUUGGUUCUCGUAUGUCAUUGUGUCUUAAAUUCGAUUUCUUAUAAGAAAAUUCUGGUCCAUGGCC